AUGGUAGCUUUAGAAACCCGCCCCCCACGUGUCCGAUACACCACACCUGCUCUCCCAUCCCUCCCAAAUCUCCCAACAUCUAAGCCUGGUAGAGAUGCAUUGACAAAGGCGGAUUUCCUCUGGGCUCAGUAUCCGGAAAGCUACCGAACUGCCCACCUCCUGUAUCAACCCUUGAUGCAAACAUUGAUCACUUUCUGUCCAGAAGUUGACUGGACAAAGCUCCUUCAAUGGAUUAACCACUACAAGCUUCGUCGCCGAAGCCGAGAUUUCCUAACAUAUCUACGUGCCGAAGACAUCGAAUCCUUCAUCGACUACAUGCUCAAAUAUCACCCUGUCAAAAACCUAGGUGAUAUUGCGAAAAAUUUGGAUGCACACUCGCUUGAAAAGGACUUGGUCGUUUAUUUCUCUAAGUGGGAUGCGAUCUUAAUGAAGGAGCGCGUGAAAAGAGAGGUCGCAAGGCUUGCUAAGAAGCAACCUUCUGCUAGUACCUCAAGCAUUCCAACCCUCCUGCCGCCCGUUGCAAGCGGAUCUAACGACCCUCAGUCACAAUCACCACCUUCGCACUCCAGUCACACGCCUGAUUGCAAUUCUCCGCAAGCAUCGCCUGGCACUACUCUGAAAAAGGAUAACGGAUUCGAAUUGCCUGAGAAAAAACGUCUUCUUAUCACCAAAUUUGUCGAGGAUUCCAUUGAUAGGGUCACUCGAGCCAUGUUAGCAAUUCAUACUACGAUGUAUGGUGAAAAAAGAGGUCAAACUCCUAAUCAGUCUGACGAGCCAGAAAUAGAGAAACACACCAACAUCAUUGGAAGUAACGUUAACAUUCAACGCCCAUCUCCAGAAACCGAACCAGACUCCCGUGUCUCCUCGCCCGAUGAUACAGAGAACAGAGUCCCUACCUCUCCCAUAUCUGACAUUGAUAUCACCAUGACAAAGCCAAUUUGUCUUUCUUCGCCCACCAAGUCGCUCGAGAGCAGCAGCUCUUCUCCUUCCAACAAGCAACUUUCACCUCAAGAAAAAGAAGCCAUGAAAAAAUACCUCCUCGCCCAUGACUUGAUUAAGAAACAGGCAAGAGAGGCUGGCCAAUCCGUUGAUGGCACUUUUUCUCUCAGUUCGUCGUUCCGACAGCGACUUACAGAAGCGAAACGCCCCCACUCGGCAUUUUGCUUCAAGGCUCCAAAAACCGAGCUUGCUGAUCCUAUUUACAGCCCUCCUAUUUGGCAGCCGAAGCCAGUCUCCCCCCAUACUCAAGCUAAAAUCUACAGUAUGCACCAAUACAACGUCACUAACGACAACUACGUCCUACCACUUCCCACUGAGCCUCAGCCUCGCCACGAAAAUGAUAACACAUACGCCACUUUCCCUCGUUCCAACGCUGCCUAUCCCAGUUUCCCCAUCAUGAACUACGUUUGGGAAUAUGCGGUCCCUAUCGGACCCGAGACUACUCCGCAUAUUGCAAUGUUCGCCAACCAACGCCGCGAAAGGGAACGAGAAGAUGCAGAUACCAUGCUAAGAAACUGCUUUUAA